AUGAAUUAAGUAGAUGAUUAAUCCUUUUAGAUCUAAUAUAAAUUCGAGAAAAAUUUAAAGCUAUUGUAAAUUUUGAAUUGAAAUUUAGAAUGAGAGAGGUGAAAAGCGAAAUUAAAUAAUACCAAUCUUUUGAAGGUCUUAAGCAAUAUAUUAGAUUUUAGUUGUUGAAUUAUGUUACUCAGAAGUACUUAAGGAAGAGUUAUUUUAAAUGUACAAAACUGAUAUUAAAUAAUAUAAAGAAAAAUUUAAUAAAAUAUAAUCAUUAUUUACCAACCCACUAACAUUAUUUGAUAGCCGAAUUUUCAAAUAGACAAUCCAAAUAACUACUUUAUUAUUAUUAAGAUCAAAAUUGCCCAAUUAUAUAUGAUGUCAUUAUCUCUAGUAUAUUUGAUUGA